GUGGGUAUACCGUGAAUAUUAAGCAACCGCUUGACAUUUGAGAAUGAACAGUUGGAUUAUAUUUUCGGAUCAACACGAAUAUAAACAGUAGUGUGCUAACAAAUAUCGAUUAAAGAUAUCGUGUAGUGACCGAAGAAAUUUUAAUUCAAUUGUAAAAUGAAGGGUAUUUUAAUCUUCGAUCAUCUGAGUGAUGUUCUUUUCACGAAGUGUAAUAAAAAAUUUGCAAAUCAUAUACAAAAGUUAGCAAAAAUUCAAGGACUGAUUUCGGAGAAUAAGGAUGCAAAUGACAAGGAAUCAACAUUAAACCCAAAUGUUAUAAUGCAAUUAUUCUCACCUAUUGUUACAUCUCAACAUGUAAUGGCUUCUCAGUUUGGAAAUUCUUAUACUUCAAUGAAAUGUCAUGAUGGCACAAAUAUGGUAUUUGAUGAAUUUAUGGGAUACAGUUUCAUUUAUAUUUCCAUGGAGGAGGUGGAGUUAAUGAAAAGAACAUUAGGUGUAUGUGUAGCAAUUGUCAGGCAUGUUUGUGGACCAGAUGUUGCAGUAUUAAAGGUGAACAGACAAAAAGUCUGUUUGGUAUCUUCUCUAUUAGAUGCAUGGGUGCAUCUAAGAAAUUCUGAACAAAGCAUGCUUACAGAAGCAAUAGAACAACUAUCCAUAAACACAGAUUUAGGUGUAUCAAUAUUAAAAGUGUUGCAUGAUGCUUGUGACAAAUUGAAGGCACAAUCUGAAUUUUCCAAUGUACAUAUUUUGAUACUAGUGGAGCAAAAAUUUCUUUCAUUGUAUUCCAGUAAAAAUGCUCAUGACUUAUAUGCUUCUGAUAUAUUGCUGAUGAUGCUUAUGUGUUGGGUAGUCAAUCAAAAGAGGAAAAGAGAUUCUCAAUCUGUACUAGCUGAUAAUGAUGAUGACCGUACUGAUAUUCUUUUACCUGACAAUAGUGCUUCCAAAGAAGAGCAAAUAACUUUUGGUGCAAAGUUAGCAAAUCCUACUUCUGAGGACAUUACAAACUUAUUUAGAGGGUCCAGAGAAUCUUCCAUCAAUGAAGGUCUUUAUUCUUUAACUGAUGAUGAUUUGUAUAGUAACAUAAUCCUUCUUGGGACUGAGCAUGAUUAUACUGCUAAUGCAGUGCACAUAUUUGAACUAGCAGAUGGUAUUAAUUUAAUCAUGAUAGUGGAAAUGACUAAUCUUGCCACAUCAACAGGAUUAUAUGACAGUUUCCAUUAUUUAAAUAUAAUAAAUGGUUUGCAACUUCAAAGGGACAUUGAUGAAUUAAGACCAGCAUUUGAAAACUUUGACACGGCAAUGAAAAAAGCUUUAGAUGGAAUUAAGAAAAACAGAGCCAAUGUCACUAAUGAUGUUGAUAUGUGUCAGAGAAGGCUACAAACAAAAUGGGAAUUCGUUCGAAAAAAAUAUAUGGAUCUGUUAAAAUCUAGAGAUCCAGAAUCAAUCUUACAAAUCGAAUCCAACACAUCUGGAUUUACGGACAAUUUGAAAGAAUUAUAUCGAUUAACAUGUUUCGAUAAAAACUUUUUGAAACAAGGUGUUGAUGUACUUACAACAUAUUUAGAAGAGUUUCCAGGCCUGGUGCACUUCAUUUACAUAGACAGAACUACUCAUAGACUGACUGCGCCAACAUUAGAUUUCACAAACCCCGAAACUCUUGCUCUUACAACAAAGAAGAUUUGGAAUAUGGUUAAACAGAGCAGAAUGCACUUAGAAGAAGGACACUUAUCGGUUAUGUGGAAAGAUACAACAUUCAAUUAUGCUUACUUUUUAUGGUUUGAGGACAAUUCUGGGUCACCAUUAAAGUGUAAAGUUUAUUUGAAUCAUAUAAUGAAAAAUUUUCCAGUACCGGGUAUAUUUUGUGGUGAUUAUUAUAGAAAAUUGGCCGAGAUGUGUUUUCCUAAACUAUCUACAAACAAAAUCAGAAUUUACGAGCUGUACUGUGUUCAUCUUGGUUUGGCAACGUCGUCGUGUGUUUUAGAACAUUCAAGGAGACUUGCGGCUACAAUAUGGGAAGUCACAGGUGUUCCAAAUAAUCCUGCCGACAUACUUUAAUAACAUUCCUUUAAAGUAUUUAUGUACAGAUAAAAACUGAAGUUCUGCGCUAAUACGAAUAUCUUAUACUACAGUUAAUAUUUAAAGAAAGAGAACUAUUUAAGAGAUUUUUAA